GACCAGCUGCAGCAGAAGAUCUUCUGCCCUGGACCUGUGACCUGCCUGACAGCCUCUCCCAACGGGCUCUACAUCCUGGUGGGAGUUGCUGAGAGCAUCUACCUGUGGGAGGUGUCCAACGGGAACCUCCUCGCCAUCCUGAACCGACACUACCAGGACCUCACGUGCCUCUGCUUCACCGAUGACAGCAGCCACUUCCUCUCGGGGGCCAAGGACUGCCUGGCCCUGGUGUGGAACCUCUACAGCGUGCUGCAGGCAGAGCCCACCCAGAUUCCCGACCCCCGGCACGUCUGGUCGCGGCACAGCCUCCCCAUCACUGACCUCUGCUGCGGCUUCGGAGGGCCCCUGGCUCGGGCUGCCACCGCCUCCCUCGACCAGACAGCCAAGCUCUGGGAGAUCUCCUCUGGAGAGCUCCUGCUGUCUGUGCUCUUCGACGUGGGGAUCAUGGCAGUGACUCUGGACCUCUCUGAGUACCACAUGUUCUGCGGUGGCAUGGAUGGGUCCAUCUUCCAGGUUGACCUCUGCACCUGGCCAGUCCAGAGGGACCGGACCUUCCAGCCGGAGCGGGAGAACGGGAAGGUCUUCAAAGGGCACAGGAACCAGGUGACGUGUCUGUCGGUCUCCACUGACGGCAGCCUGCUGCUCUCGGGCUCUCACGACGAAACUGUGCGGCUGUGGGACAUCCAGAGCAAGCAGUGCCUGAAGACGAUGAAUCACAAAGGUCCAGUGACAAACGCCUUCAUCGUGCUGGCCCCUGCCAACAUGUUCAACCCCGAGGGGAAGCCCAGCAUGCCCCUGCCCAAGUUCAGCAAACACCUGCAUGGCACGGAGAGCACGGACGAGCCGGGCAGUGAGGGGGUGACGCUGCGCCUGGGGUUGCACCAGCAGGAGCCCGGACAGAGCUACCUGGAGAAGGCAGAGAGGAUGUAUGCACAGAUGUACUCGACGAGGGAAAAGAACCUGGUGGGAGACCAGGAGCACCUGACGAUCCAGGUGAGCGAGCUGGAGGAGGAGGUGAGCACCCUCCGGAAAAUCAACAAGAACCUCUUUGACUUCUCC